AUGGCCGUCGCGGAGGCCUACGAGCGCGUGGCCAAGUUCGUCGACGACCUGCUCACCUUCGACGUGGACCCGGAGAAAUGGCGCGUGCUCGAGGUGAGCAUCGGCGGCGAGCUCGGCGCGGGCGACUACAGCGACAACUCGAUCACGACGCACAAGUACAACGCGCUGACGUUCCUCCCGCGGUCGCUCUUCGAGCAGUUCCGGCGGACCGCGAACCAGUAUUUCCUGCUCAUCAGCCUCCUGAUGAUCAUCGGGACGUACACCGACCUCUUCUACUCGCCGCUGACGGCGUGGAGCACGAUCGGCCCGCUGUCCCUGAUCCUGGCGAUCACGAUGACCAAGGAGGGCAUCGAGGACCUGAAGCGGCACAAGAGCGACGAGCACGUGAACAACUCGGAGGCGCGGAUCCUGUCGAACUCGCCCGAGACGCCGCCGGGGACCGUCGAGACCGUCGCGUGGAAGGCCAUCGCGCCGGGCCAGAUCGUCCUCGUCAAGGACCGCGAGGAGAUCCCCGCGGACCUGGUGCUGCUCUGGAGCAGCGAGGGCGCGCAGUGCUACGUGGAGACGUCGAACAUCGACGGCGAGACGAACCUGAAGAUCAAGCGGCCCGCGACGGACUCGGCGAACGCGCCGCUGUUCCCGCACCCGGACAAGUCCAAGGGCGUCGGCAUGACGCUCGAGUUCGAGGCGCCCUGCGGCAAGGUCCACAGCUUCGAGGGCACGCUGAAGCACGCCGGCGGCGAGAUCGCGCUCGACGCGUCGCAGUUCCUCCUCCGCGGGAGCACGCUCCGGAACACGAAGCUCGCCAUCGGCGUCGUCGCCUACACGGGCAAGGACACGCGCCUCGUGCGCAACUCGCGGGACGUGCCGUCGAAGCUGUCGGAGCUCGAGCGCGUCGUGAACAACAUGGUGCUCUUCAUCCUCGGCGCGAUGGUCUGCAUCACGACGAUCUCCGUCAUCGCCUACUGCCUCUGGAACGAGAGCAACAAGAAGGACCUCUGGUACAUGUGCUACCGCUACAAGCAGGACGGCGUGCCCGCGCUCUUCGACGAGAACUGCAGCAACAGCGACGACUACAGCAACGGGUCCAUGUGGUUCACGUUCUUCAUCCUCUACAACAACUUCAUCCCCAUCUCCCUCUACGUGACCAUCGAGAUGAUCAACUACUGCCAGGCGGCGUACGUCGACGGCGACCUCGAGAUGUACGACGAGGCGUCGGACACGCCCGCGCUCGCGCGGACGUCGAACAUGAACGCGGACCUCGGCAUGAUCGCGCACGUCUUCAGCGACAAGACGGGCACGCUCACGCAGAACAUCAUGAAGUUCAAGCGCUGCGCCGUCGGCGGCGGCGUCUACGGCGGCGAGACCGUCGACCCGCCGCGGCGCAUCGAGGCGCUCAAGCAGCUCGUCAUCACGGGCGACGGCGUCGAGCGCGACUUCGCGGCCAUCAUGGCCGUCUGCCACACCGUCGUCCCCGAGGUCCGCGAGGACGGGACCACGGGCUACCAGGCGGAGUCGCCCGACGAGGAGGCGCUCGUCGAGGGCGCCUGCGACCUCGGCCUCGCGUUCGCGUCGCGCACCGUCGACGUCGUCGACGUGACGCUCGCGUCGCCGAGCGGGACCAAGGGCACGUCCCUGUCCUACACGGUCCUCGCGACGAUCCCCUUCGACAGCACGCGCAAGCGCAUGUCGGCGAUCGUGCGGCUCCCGAACGGCAAGGUCCGCGUCAUGACCAAGGGCGCCGACAACAUCGUCUUCGGCCUCGCGGACGCCGCGGCGGGCUACGCCAGGGUCCCCGGGGGGCGCGAGGCCCUCGACGCGGACCUCGAGAAGUUCGCGCGCGACGGCCUGCGGACGCUCGUCCUCGCGCAGCGGGACGUGAGCGACCGCGAGUACAAGGCCUGGGCCGAGGCGUGGCACGCGGCGGAGACGGCCCUGGGCAGCGCGCGCAAGGAGAAGCUCGUCGCCGCGGCGGCGCUCAUCGAGAAGGACCUGGCGAUCGUCGGCGCGACGGCCAUCGAGGACAAGCUCCAGGACGGCGUGCCGUCGACGAUCGCCGAGCUCGCCAAGGCGGAGAUCAAGCUCUGGGUCCUGACGGGGGACAAGAUGGAGACGGCCAUCAACAUCGGCUACAGCGCGCGCCUCCUCACGCCCGACAUGUACCUCGUCAAGCUCCCCGUCGAGGGCGCGGACGCGGGCCCGCUCGGCGACUACGGCGUCGCCGCGCAGCUCGAGGCCCUCGAGGCCAGCGACCACCUCGCCCUCAUCAUCGAGGGCGCGACGGCCCUCGAGGCCAUCCUCGGCGACGACGACCUCGAGAACCGCUUCCUGCGCCUCGCGAGCUGCUGCCGCGCCGUCGUCGCGUGCCGCGUGUCGCCCGCGCAGAAGCGGAUCCUCGUCGGCCUCGUGCGCCGCAAGACGAACCCGGCGCCCAUCACGCUCGCCAUCGGCGACGGCGCCAACGACGUCGGCAUGAUCCAGGAGGCGAACAUCGGCGUCGGCAUCAGCGGCAAGGAGGGCCGCCAGGCCGUGAACAACGCGGAUUUCGCGAUCGCGCAGUUCCGGUUCCUGAAGCCGCUCCUCUUCCACCACGGCCGCAAGAACUACCGCCGCAUGUCCAAGGUCAUCAUCUACAGCUUCUUCAAGAACAUCGUCCUCACCUUCGUCCUCUUCUACUUCCAGGCCGACUGCGCGUGGAGCGGCACGUCGUUCUACGAGAGCUGGGUCUACAGCGGCUUCAACUUCUUCCUCGGCCUCAUCCCCCUCGCCAUGGGCUUCUUCGACCACGACGUCGCCGACGCGACCGUGGACAAGUACCCGCGGCUCUACGCCGCGGGCCUCCACCGCAUGGACCUCAACGUGACGAACAUGGCCUACGGCACGCUCGAGGCCAUCGCCGCGUCGCUCGCCAUCUACUACCUCACGCGCGAGGUCUACUGGCGGCCCAUGUCCAUCUGGCAGGACCACGGCAAGGCCAUGGACGUCUGGGUCCUCGGCACCGCCGUCUUCGUCGGCAUGGUCAUGGCCAUGAUGGCCCGCGCGUGCCUCCUCGUCGACAGCUGGAACGAGGUCCAGCUCGUCUUCGUCGUCCUCCAGCACCUCAUGCUCUUCACCUUCAUCAUCUUCAUGGCCCAGGCCUACGUCGCCUGGUACGGCUUCCUCGACUACGACUACUACGGCGUCGCCUACCACGCGUACGCGCUCCCCGUGUUCUGGCUCGUGAGCUGCGUCCUCGUGCCCGCCGUUGUCUCCGCGCUCCAGAUCCUCGUCCUCGGCGUCCACCUCGACUUCUUCCCCUCCAUCAACGACAUCGGCAAGGAGCUCGACCACGGCCACGUCGACGGCGAGCACCUCCACCACCACCCCCAGCACGCGUUCAUCCGGCUCCGCGCGCCGGCCUCCGUCCACGCGCUCGUCGCGUCCCUCUUCGGCACCACCGACUCGGCCCGGUCGACCUUCGUCACCCGCGAGUCCCUCCGCGACGUCCACGCCACCAUCGGCAAGGAGCAGUCCAAGAAGCUCGGCAUCCACGAGGACGUCGCGUCCUCCUACGCGUACGACGUCGCCUCGGAGACCAUGGGCGCGGGCGCGGGCUCGCACGACGAGGAGAAGAUGUCCCCGGAGAACGCCGACGCGGUGUGAUGGCUCGCCGCAUUUUGUAAAUUACUACGAUCGC